UUGUCUCGCUGAGUGAACGUUUAUGGAAUGGCGCCUGAGCUGCAAGCAGUUGGCCUUGAGGAGCUACAAGGAUUUCAGCAACUUUACACACAACAAUGGCCCAAAUAUUGUGCUGAAUUCUAUUGCCUUGAUAAUUUUAUAGGAUUUCUCAAGUUUGACCCGCACAUUCGCAAUGUUAAAGCCUACACACUGUCCGACGAUCAGAGAGCCAAAGACGCAGCUCUCUUUGUGAUUGUGGAUCGCUAUCAGCUGUUUAUGGGUUGUCUGGGCGAUUCAAUGGAGCUGCUGAAGCAGGCACUAAAUUUGGUUGAUUGGUCAAACGGUCUCAAAUGCAGUUCUGUUCCAGCUCGAUAUAUAACAACACUUCAGAAUGUGGUUCAGGAGAGAAAUCUUAAAGUGGCCUUCAACGAUGUCACAAACCUCUACUAUAUGCCACAAAAGGAAGCCUCCGCGCUACAAAUUGAAGUUGCAGAUGGCUUCCAGUUGGCAAAUCUAAGUGAAAAAGAUGCGGAUUUGAUUAAUGAUGAGUGGCCCAAUCAUCAUGUGGGUUCCUUGUACUACAUCCAACGACAGAUUCGCUUGUGCGCAAAUGUUGGAUUAUAUAGAACGAACAGCCAGGAAUUGGUGGCCUGGUGUAUCAGACUGCAAGGCGGCUUUUUGGGCGCACUGCAGGUGAAGAGUUCUCACAAGCGACGUGGCUUUGGCAGUCUGGUCACCAAGGCGAUGUCCAAGCGCAUUGCCGCCUUGGGCCAGGAUGUGAUGGCACUCGUCAAUCCAGAGAAUAAACCAUCUUACGCAAUGUUCGAUGCGCUGGGCUUCAAGGUAAUCGAUCAGUGUUAUUGGCUGAGAACUGAGCCCGUGACGGGCGAGUUUAUCUGGCCGGAUGGGCAAUAAAUCCAGUACUCUAUGGUUACAUAUAUAUGUGUAUCUGUAUGCGUCUGUGUAUGAUGUGUAUACAUAUACAAUACAUUUCAUAAUAAAUAAAUUACAAUAUACAAUAAAAUCG